UCCUGACAAUCACCGUCGUGAAUUUCAGAUUCAAAGUUCUGUUUCGCGGAGACCUGUCCACAGAGUCCACGGCACCCUGCACCAUGCCGAUGAUACUGGGUUACUGGGACAUCCGCGGGCUGGCUCAUGCCAUCCGCCUGCUCCUGGAAUACACGGACUCCAGCUAUGAGGAGAAGAUGUACACGAUGGGGGACGCUCCUGACUAUGACAGAAGCCAGUGGCUGAAGGAAAAAUUCAAGCUGGGCCUGGAUUUUCCCAAUCUGCCGUACUUAAUUGAUGGACCUCACAAGAUCACCCAGAGCAAUGCCAUCCUGCGCUACAUUGCCCGCAAGCACAAUCUGUGUGGAGAGACAGAAGAGGAGAAGAUUCGUGUGGACAUUUUAGAAAACCAGACUAUGGACACCCGCCUGCAGCUGGCCCUAAUGUGCUACAGCCCUGACUUUGAGAAACUGAAGCCUCAGUACUUGGAGGGCCUCCCUGAAAAGAUGAAGUUCUAUUCAGAGUUCCUGGGGACACGUCCAUGGUUUGCAGGGAACAAGAUCACCUUUGUGGAUUUUCUCACUUACGAUGUUUUUGAGGGGAAUCAAAUGUUUGAGCCCAAGUGCCUGGAUGCGUUCCCUAACCUGAAGGACUUCAUGGCCCGUUUUGAGGGCCUGAAGAAGAUCUCUGCCUACAUGAAGUCCAGCCGCUACCGCCCAAAGCCUCUGUAUACAAAGAUGGCCAUCUGGGGCAACAAGUAGGGCCUUGUCGGGCCAGGAGAUGGCAGCGAGGAGCCAGUCCUCAGCCUGCUGCCUGGGGCCCUGGAGAACAGUGGACUCUGUACCCUGUUUCAGCCUUCUCCUUCCUCUGCCCCUCUCUUCAUUCCUUUCUCAUCUCCAAGGCCUCAUUGGUGCUCUCCACCUCCCCCACGUCCUGUCCCAUCCAGGCUAUUUCAAGCCUCUGCUCCCCACUUUCCUCCAGC